GCCCGAGCCGCUCCUCCCCCUCCCUCCCUCCCGCUCCCUCCCUUUCUUCCCACAUGAAGACGAGAAGAUGACUAUCACCAGCCGGCAGUCCUUCAAUGUCCUGACAGUCAUCUUCCUCCUGCUGUCCACUGCAGCUCUCUCGGCUCAUUACCGGGUGUGUGAACCCUACUCUGACCACAAGGGGCGGUACCACUUUGGCUUUCACUGCCCACGCCUCUCAGACAACAAGACCUACAUGUUCUGCUGCCACCACAACAACACCGCCUUCAAGUACUGCUGCAACGAGACUGAGUUUCAGAUGGUCAUGCAGAUCAACCUCACCACCACCUCUGACGGUUAUGCGCACAAUAACUACACAGCCCUGGUCGGAGUGUGGAUCUACGGCUUCUUCGUCAUGGUGCUGCUGGCUCUGGACUUUCUCUACUACUCAGCCAUAAACUACGAGCUGUGCCGGGUUUACCUGGAGAAAUGGGGUCUGGGAGGACGCUGGCUGAAGAAGGCUCGGAGUCAGUGGCACAGGUCCAUGCCAGAGGAGAGCGAAGCCCAGGCUCAAGCUCAGCCCAUGGUGCCCAGCCACUACCAGCCCAGACACAGCCUCCGAGGGGAGAGCCACAGCCCCACACUCCUGCCCUACAACACGUCCACCGCAUGGUGA